AUGGCCGCCCAUAUCAAACCUCUGAUCUUGCAUGCCCAUGCGACCGGUCCUAAUCCUAUCAAGAUUGCCAUUGCAUUGGAAUCACUCAAUAUUCCAUUCACUGUCAAGAGCUGGGACUUUAGCGAUGCUCCCAACAAGGGCGUGAAGAGCGCCGAGUUCCUCAAAAUCAACGAGAAUGGGCGUGUACCUGCACUCGAGGAUCCCAACACGGGUGUCGUCUCCUGGGAAUCUGGUGCAUGUAUGAAUUAUGUUCGCCGGGUUUACGACACAGGGAACAAGAUUGGUCCCUCCGGGGGUUCAGGCCAGGAUCUGGUUGAUUUUGAAAAAUGGGAAUAUUUCCUGUUGACAACCCUUGGUCCAAUGACUGGGCAAGUCAAUUGGUUCAGACACCAUCAUACCCAGAAGAACGAGGAUGCUCUUCAGCGAUACACUGCUCAGACCUAUCGAUGCUACGAUGUUCUAGAGAAACAGUUGCAAAAGUCCGGAGGUAUGAGUAUACUACCGAGUCGGGUCACCGCGGUUGACUAUCAUUUCGAGCCGUGGGUGAGACAGCAUUCGUUCGCUGGUCUUUCGCUGGACAACUACCCUAUGAUCCAUAAGUGGUUGGGAUUGAUGCAUGCUCGUGAGGAAGUUCAAGAAGCUUAUUGUAAAGUUGAGGCUGCCGCGGGUAAGUAA